UCUAGAUGCCUUCUUGAGCCUGCUUGUGGCCACCCACAGACACUUGUAAGGAGGAGAGAAGUCGGCCUGGCAGAGACACUGUGAAAUGAGGGAUUAGAGGCCGGGAUCCAAGGAGCCAAAGCUACAGCCAGCAGACAAGGGAGCCUGCCGUGAAGUUGCGUGUGCUGAGAGGUCUGCCAUGGCCUCUAUUGGCCUCCAGCUUGUGGGCUACAUCCUGGGCCUUCUGGGGCUGUUGGGCACCCUGAUUGCCAUGCUGCUCCCCAGCUGGCGAACAAGCUCCUAUGUUGGUGCCAGCAUUGUGACUGCGGUUGGCUUCUCCAAGGGCCUCUGGAUGGAGUGUGCAACACACAGCACAGGCAUCACCCAGUGUGACAUCUACAGCACCAUGCUAGGCCUGCCUGCUGACAUCCAAGCUGCCCAGGCCAUGAUGGUUACAUCCAGCGCCAUGUCCUCCUUGGCCUGCAUUGUCUCUGUGGUGGGCAUGAGAUGCACAGUCUUCUUCCAGGAGUCUCGAGCCAAAGACAGAGUGGCGGUGGUGGGCGGAGUCUUCUUCAUCCUUGGAGGCCUCCUGGGCUUCAUCCCUGUUGCCUGGAAUCUUCACGGGAUCUUGCGAGACUUCUACUCCCCGCUGGUGCCUGACAGCAUGAAAUUUGAGAUCGGAGAGGCUCUUUACCUGGGCAUUAUUUCCUCCCUGUUCUCCCUGGUAGCUGGAAUCUUCCUCUGCUUUUCCUGCUCACCCCAGGGAAAUCGCUCCAACUACUACGAUGCCUAUCAGGCCCAGCCCCUGGCCACUAGGAGCUCUCCAAGGCCUGGUCAAGCGCCCAAAGGCAAGAGUGAGUUUAACUCCUACAGCCUGACAGGGGGAGGAGGAGGCCAAAACUGGCUUCUUGGUGGAAAGAUGAACUCCAACUUUCUGAAAGACCUUCAUUCAGCCAGUCAAACAGCCGUCCAGCCAGCUCUCCAGCUGGCGAGCUACCAACUGCCCUCUUACCUGGUGGUAGGCAAUGUGCUGAAGCCUUUGACGGUAACAAGGGUGAACAAGGUAACGUCUGUGCCUAGUAGCAGGUGAUACUUGAUCUAUGGGAGAUAAGACAUGCACACCCACCUG